UGUACACGUGGGAGAUGGACUUCAACCGGAGCGAGCUGAGCGCCUCGACGCUGCUGGUGCCGCGGACAACGGCGGCGCCCGCGCCGGCUCCGGGCAUGCCGGCGUGGGCGCACAACUCGUGGGUCUGCGUGUUCGCCGCCAUGCUUGCAGUCGCUAUAGGGGGCAAUGCCAUCGUUAUCUGGAUAGUCACGGCCCAUCGCCGUAUGCGCACAGUAACUAACUACUUCCUGGUGAACCUGUCCUUCGCCGACCUCAUGAUGGCGUCACUAAACUGCCUCUUCAACUUCAUCUACAUGCUGCACAGCGACUGGGUAUUCGGAGUGUGGUACUGCCAGCUGAGCAACUUCAUCGCCAACGUGACUGUUGCAGCUAGCGUGUUUACACUUACUGGCAUAUCCUUUGACAGGUAUCAGGCGAUAGUGCGGCCGAUGCGACCGCGGAUGUCCAAAACGUGCUCGCUCAUCACGAUAGCCGUCAUCUGGGUGAGCGGCAUGCUGCUCGCCGUGCCUUGUCUGCUCUACUCCACUACCAAGGAAUACAGGUCGAAAGGCACACUCAAGACGGCAUGCUUGCUUGCUUGGCCGGACGGGCUGCCAGACGUAUCAUACAUGGAUUUUGUGUACCAAGUUUUGUUCUUCGUAGUGACGUACGCAGUCCCAAUGCUGGGCAUGACGUUCUUCUACUCGGCGAUGGGCCGCGUGCUGUGGGGCUCGCGGUCCAUAGGGGAGUUAACGCAGCGGCAGAUAGACUCCAUCAGGUCGAAGCGGAAGGUUGUGAAGAUGUUUAUAUUAGUGAUAGUGAUCUUCGGUAUCUGCUGGUUGCCGUACCAGUCGUACUUCAUCUACACGCACUUCAACCCAUCGAUCUUAUACAAGAAAUACGUGCAGCACGUCUAUCUGGGCUUCUACUGGCUAGCCAUGGCCAACGCCAUGGUCAACCCGAUCAUCUACUAUUGGAUGAACGCGAAGUUUAGGACAUACUUCCGCACGGCGAUGUGCGGGUGGCGCGACGCCCUGCGCCGGCGCAAGCGGCCGCUGCCCGACUCCCCACCGGACUACCUCUCACAGUCGGGCAGCCGAUCCCGUUCAGGUUUUUACUCGUUAACGUAUAGAGGAACCGCGCGACUCAAGAAGAAAUGUAGUGAGCGAGUGGCCGCCAUUGUCGUAUCGGGAUCGACCAGGCCUGCGGUCGCAGAGACCGUCUUUGCUUGCUAGCUGCCCGCGCUGCCCGCACUCCUACUAUGAUGGU